AGAGGGGGUAUUGCGCUGGCUGGGUUGUGAUUUUAGAUGGGCUGAAUGUAAAAGACAAAUGCCCGAGGGCAGUGCCCGUGUGCCCAAGCUGUCAGUCAGCCCCUGGAUGUGUCAGCAGCCCCCACACUGCAGCAGUGCUGGAGAUGGGGAGAGGAGCAGGCUGUGCUGCUGACGCAGAGAACAAGCUGUAGGGGAGGAGCCUGAGCCCAAUGCAGCAUCUGACUGUAUCCAGGCACCAGCAUCUCCCGGCUCAGCCAGGUGUAGUCCAGGGCACGAUCCCCAGCGGGCACCGGGCAUCUACCGAGCGGGCACUACAUGUAAGGACCCGACCGGCUGCCUGAAGAAUACACAGCGGCUGAACUAAACCCUGCCUGCCGUCCAGUCAGCACCCCCGGCGGGUCAGCGGCUGUCCUCUCCCGGGCUCAGACCUGUGGCUGCGGGUGGCAGUGGGCGCGGUGACCUGUUGGGCCUGUGUAGGAGGGAGGAGCAGCAUGUGCUAGAAGUGCCGCACAUCCCUGGCAUCGUCUCUGCCCUCUAUAGCGCAUUCUGUCUCCGUAGAUUUGUAUUGGGCAGCGGCAUGGCGGGUCCGGGGCAGCUCCCUCUUCUCUCCUGCUAGAGGCUGCUGGAAGGAUGGAUACUGGUCCUAUUCUGUCUGCCCAUCAGAGAAGUACACAGGCUGUAAAUGGAGGAGGACAUUGAUACCCGCAAGAUUAACAACAGUUUCCUGCGGGAUCACAGCUAUGCAACAGAAGCUGACAUUAUCUCGACAGUUGAAUUCAACAAUACAGGAGAAUUGCUGGCGACGGGAGACAAGGGGGGCCGUGUUGUAAUAUUUCAGCGUGAGCAGGAGAGCAAGAAUCAACCUCACAGAAGAGGAGAGUAUAAUGUUUACAGCACUUUCCAGAGCCAUGAGCCAGAAUUCGAUUACUUGAAAAGUUUAGAGAUAGAAGAAAAAAUAAACAAGAUAAGAUGGCUUCCUCAGCAGAAUGCCGCCUAUUUUCUGCUAUCUACAAAUGAUAAAACUGUAAAGUUAUGGAAAGUCAGUGAACGUGACAAGAGACCAGAGGGUUAUAACCUGAAGGAUGAAGAAGGAAGGCUACGUGACCCAUGCACAAUAACUUCAUUACGAGUCCCGGUAUUAAGGCCCAUGGAUCUGAUGGUAGAGGCCACCCCAAGAAGAGUGUUUUCAAAUGCACACACAUAUCACAUUAACUCAAUAUCUGUAAACAGCGACUAUGAAACAUACAUGUCAGCAGAUGACCUCCGAAUAAACUUGUGGAACCUAGAGAUAACAAAUCGAAGUUUCAAUAUUGUGGACAUUAAACCAACCAACAUGGAAGAGCUCACAGAAGUCAUAACAGCCGCUGAGUUCCAUCCGCAUCAUUGCAACACAUUUGUAUAUAGCAGUAGUAAAGGAACAAUACGACUGUGUGACAUGCGUUCUUCAGCUUUGUGCGACAAGCACUCAAAAAUAUUUGAAGAACCAGAAGAUCCCAGCAACAGGUCAUUUUUCUCAGAGAUCAUCUCUUCCAUUUCGGAUGUAAAAUUUAAUCAUAGUGGUCGGUAUAUAAUGACAAGAGACUACCUUACGGUCAAAGUCUGGGACCUCAACAUGGAGAACAGACCAAUAGAGACAUACCAGGUCCACGAUUACCUCCGCAGCAAACUAUGUUCACUUUAUGAGAAUGACUGCAUUUUUGACAAAUUUGAAUGUGUAUGGAAUGGUUCAGACAGUGUCAUAAUGACUGGUUCAUACAAUAACUUCUUUAGAAUGUUUGACCGCAACACCAAACGUGAUGUCACAUUGGAAGCCUCCAGAGAGAACAGCAAGCCUAGAGCAAUUCUCAAGCCACGCAAAGUCUGCGUAGGAGGCAAACGCAGAAAAGACGAAAUUAGCGUGGACAGCCUGGACUUUAGCAAAAAAAUUCUCCACACUGCUUGGCACCCUUCAGAAAACAUUAUAGCAGUGGCGGCCACAAAUAACCUGUAUAUAUUUCAGGACAAGGUUAACUAGAACAUUACAGAUAUACUAGGUACCAGUGUUCUAAGGCUUUUUAAUAUUUUUUUUUCUCUUCCCGUUUUCUAAUAAUUUUUUUUGUUUACCUUUUAUUUUAUUUAUCAAGUUCUUCCUCUGAUGAGAUAUAGAUGAAAUAAACAGACUUCCCAAAUCCCUAUUACACCAAUUCAGACAGCUGAUAUUCCAAGAUUGUUUUUUCUUUUUGUGUUUGCAACCUUUCUUGCAGCGGGGUUCUCAAACAUACUCUAUGGGAGUGUAUUUUUGGCCUAUCAUGCAGCAGUGAAUGGUAUAAGCAAGAAACUUUGGGCAAAACAAACAUUGGACGUAUAUAAUUCUUUUUAACUGAUGAUUCAAUUUUUAAUAAAAGAUGAUCAUUACAAAUA